AUUAAACAUGCAUUUUUAAAAUUUCCAACACGUACUGUUUUAAUUGAUACCGGUAUAUAUUAUGCUUUGUUUUUCUUUCGUUCUCAUAAACGUCAUACAUAUGAGAAAAAGUGAGCUCAAUUCUACUGUGUAACACCGAACAAAAUUUGACUCGCGCGUUGUAAUUACAAUCGUGAAUAUUUUUCAAUUUAGUCAAAUGAAAUAAUCAAGUUUGUUAAUGAGUUCUCUUUCUGACUUUCUUGUUGUAGCUGAAAAAAUGUAGGAAACAAUGUGCGUCGAGAGAAUUAUUGNGAAAAUACGCGCGUUUAGUGUGACACAUACUAUUUGCAUCUUUAACCUUUGUAUCAUGUGACUCCAGCUAUCUCUAUUGAAUAAAACUGGAUUUCAUCCGUGUUUCGCNGCAGUAAUUCUCAAGACCGUUUUGUCGAAACAUCUAAACAUGUUCAAAAAUUUCUUGGUUGUUUUUAUUUUUGUGUGUUAUUAUUGUAAAUACACAUUAACANUUAGUNUAGGUGAUACUGUAAAAUCACUAGGCACAAACUUAUCUCCUAAAAGCGACACGAGUAAACCGUCAUUAAUAUCUGUAAAUUCCAAUCCAGAAAAUAUUAGUGACAUCGCAGAGUCGCUCGGCGAAAAACAUGUGGUUAACAUAUACGGACAUAAUAUUUACUACAUUGGUCAGCAAAUAGUUUACUCUUGCAACGAAAUCAAUCGAUCAUCAAAUAGUGAACGUGAUAAUGAUGAUAAUAAUAAAUCUAAUAAGAAUAACUGUGACAACAAAGGUAUAAAAUUAUUACCAGAGGGUUACCGCAUUACUCCUGGAAUUGGUGCGCACAAGCUUCAUUUGCAACGUGNGACAUGGAACAACGCUCGUAAGACUUGUAUCAGCGAAGGAGGUCAGUUGGCGACUAUCACUUCCGAGUCCGAAAGGAAGCUUUUUGUGCGAAUGCUGCAAGAAACUAACAGACAAGGUCNGGUCCAAGCUUGGCUUGGCGUUCAUGAACUUUUUGGAGGCGGUGAUUGGGUUACUGUCAAUGGCGAUCCCUUUGUUACAACAGAGUAUGCUAAAUGGGCAACAACGGCAAAUUUUGUUUGGGGCAAUCAACCUGAUAAUUUAGGUGGCCACCAAGAUUGCAUGUCGAUCAUAUCUGGAGAAGCGGGUGCUCUGGACGACNNAANCUGCAACNNNUUGAACAUUUUNUUCUGCAAGAUUACUGCUCAUUUGGCAAUUAUCAAUUCCGAUUUCGAAGAGAAUCUUCUUUUGCAAAUGCUAAACGAAAAAGAAGUACUUUAUGCUUGGAUUGGAGCUCAUGAUCAUUUCGAAGAAGAUGAUUGGGUCACUGUUAAUGGCGAGACUUUAAAAAAUUCAAGAUACAGUAAUUGGAGAAAUAAUGAAUCUAAUAAUCUUGGCGGCGAGCAACACUGUACAGUUCUUGUUAAAUUGGAUGAUAUAGACGAUUAUGAAUUCAAGCGAUUNUUNUCGGAUAUAAGACGUUACGAUAAUAACAAUAAUAACAACAAUACUAAACUAAUACCACAAGGUUAUGUUUUUACACCUGGNAUUGGUGCACACAAGCUUCACUUUCGCAGUAUGUCAUGGGAGAAGGCUCGUCAGGCUUGUAUACGGGAAGGAGGUCAUCUGGCAAUUAUUAANUUUGAGUCCGAAGAGGAACUUCUUUUGCAAAUGCUACAAGAAAAAGGCGUGCCUUUGGCUUGGAUAGGAUUUGUUUUUGAAGACGGUGAUUGGAUCACCGUCAAUGGCGAUUCCUUAGAAAGUAUAGGAUACACCAAAUGGACAACCGCGUAUUCGAAUCAACCUAAUUGUGGAUUUCUCAGAAAAGAGUAUGGUGUGCAAGACAGUCCAUGUUUCUUCACCCAUUCGUUUUUUUGCGAGAUUCCUUGGAAACAUCUAACGAUGUUCAAAUAUCUUUUGGUGGUUUUUGUUUUUUGGUGUCAAAUUCACGAAUAUGCAGCUGAUCAAACUGAACAACAUAAUCCUGGACGGGGUGACACGACUAAACUCUUAUUGUUGCCACAAAAUAACGAUACAGAGAUUUUCGAUGAGAAAGAGAAUGCAGAGAAAAACAUGACAAGAAAAUCCGAGGUCACCAUGAACGGACAUAUGAACUAUCAUGUCGACAUCGACAAACUAAUAUUUUAUAUAUACGGCGAAGACCAAGUCAAGCAAUUAUUGUCAAAUAUUAUGAGUAAUGACGAGAAUGGUGCUUUUACUAUCAAUCUAACCACCACCAACAAAAAUAAUUAUAAUUUUAAUAAACAAAUCCCGGAGGAUUAUACUAUCACACGAGGCAUUGGCGCGCACAAGUUUCAUCUUAACAAAAUGAAUUGGAACAAAGCUCGUCGGACUUGUAUUCAAGAAGGAGGUCAUUUGGCAGUUAUUAAUUCCGAUUUCGAAGAGGAUCUUCUUUUGAAAAUGCUAAACGAAAAAGAUAUAAACUGGGCUUGGAUUGGAGCUCAUGAUUUGUUUGAAGAAGGUGAUUGGGUUACUGUUACUGGCGAGUCCUUAGAAAGUGCAGGAUAUAGUAAAUGGACAACCGUGUUCCCAACCAAAGAACCUAAUAAUUAUAACAACAACCAAAACUGCGCGACUCUUGUUAAAUGGGGUGGUAUGGACGAUUAUUUUUGCAGUGAAUUGCGAUUUUUCUUUUGCGAGAUUCCUGUAUAAGUAAUAUUGUGCAAUGGCACAUAUGCAAAUAAAUGAAUAAUUUUUACUAAAAAAAGUACAAGUAAUGUUAACAAAAUAGAAAAACUGAACGAAGAAAAAAGAUGAAAAGUAUCAUUUUCUAAUGUAUAUAUUCUGCUCUACUAUGAAAUAAAAUAUUCUUAUAUUUUCUUUUGAUCAUA